CAUUAGUUUUAUUCGGCUAAGCGCAAGUAAAGAAAUCGUUUUCGACAUUUUUCGUCAGUAAUACAAGAGAAACCAAUGCAUAAAGUUGGAACAGCUUCAACAGCUUUCAUCCAUAUAUAUCGGCUUUGAUUAAAUGUGUGUGACAGUUUCAGUUGUUUUUGUACGGAAAAAAGAAAAAUGAAUUUGCAAAGAAGAAGAAGAAGAAGAGUGAUGUGAUAUAGCUGAUUAUUUUAAGUGACAAUUUACGGUUAUUGUUCUUUCAUAUCGGUGAACAUUUUAAUAGAAUGAAAAGUUGAAGAUAAGCGUCAAAUCAAAUCAAAGAAGGGAAAAAACAUCAAAUUGUGUGAUAUGACAAAAAUAUUUGCAAUAAAAAAUUUACAAAAUAUAACAUUGGGUUAUAUAUAAGUGAUAAAACAAAAAUACACCACGCAAGAGCACAUGAUGUGUUGUGAACGUGAACGGUGGAUUUAUUUUGUGUAUUGUAUUAAUGUCGUAUCAGUGUUGAGCUGUAAUAAUCAACAACAAGUUGCUAAUAAGAAAACGCACAAAUAUAAAAAUGGCUCUGUUCAAUAAAAUAUUUUCAUCACAUAAGCGGAAAAGUACGAGUUCAACAGGCCGUCAACCCAAUGCAGGGCAAUUUCCAUUCUCAAACGAACAAGUUCGUAUUCUACUUUACCAAGAAACUGAAUCCAAUGGACGAAAACUUCUAUUCGAUUCAAAUGCUAUACAGAAAGUAAAUCUGUCAGCAAGUAAUACUCCGGCUGAUAAAUCAUACAUCGAAAUCAGCGAUGGGAUUGGUUACAAAUACGUGAAACCCGAAAAUGAUCACAAUUCCAUUGGUGAGAUGGUAUUUGGUUCGGUGGCGAUGGCUUACAGAGGGACCGCCCUAAAGGUCCAUUGGAUGCACAGCCCCACUCGAAUACUAUGCUCGAAAGUGUUUCUGUCGCCCAUUUAUCCGAACCAAUUCUUAGCCAAUUCGUCGAAUGAUAGCGCUAACCAUACGGAUGUGAAUUCUCUAGACACGAGUUCGGUAAAUUCGUUUUCGUUGUCAGUGGGUGUCAGUGACCAAUUGAAUGUUUUGGGCUGUGAAAAGUACCACACGAAUCCUUUGGACGUGCCACAUUCAGAAACAUCGGAAAGCGGUCCCAGUUUUGCAUACAGCGAUUCUGGAUAUGGUGGCGACGGAUGGAAUGUUUCGUGUUCAUCAUACUGCCCGUACUCAUCAACACGUAGUAGUUUGACGUCGAUGUACAGUGACCGUGGUGAAAACUCGCGAAAAUUUAGUGUCGAUUCAUCCAUGGUAGACUCGUCGACGGGACGAAGUAGUGGAAAUUUACAACGUAGAAUAUUGCGCAACAUGUCAACGUCAUUUGAAAACCGAAAAUCAGUUAGUGAUUGUAUUGGAUUUAUCGGAGACAACUCUAGUCAACAAACUACUCAGGGUGGAAGUGAAGGUUAUAUUGUUAAGGCGCGCAGAAGUAGCGAACAAGUGGAAAGUCGCAGCAAUCCGGAAAUGAUGCGAAGGAAAGGUGCCAGUGGAGACAUGUUUCGGAAUCAUCAUUCAAGCGUCCGUUCGACGCUUCGACGGGCCAAAAUCGGUUUGGCAGUUUGUAUAACCAUGUCGGAGUCGGUUGAAAAGGAAAUGCAACUCUUUUGUUCCGAGCACAUUGCACUACUAGAAUCGAUGAUGUGUCGAUUGAGAGCGGCUGCUGAAAAUGCUUGGAUUAAUUCCAAACGGAAUGGUCAGGUAAUGCUGCUUCACGCCUGGUUUUCAGCAACCGAAUGGAUAACUGACUUGUUCACCGCACCCAGACUAAUCGAACCAAUUUGGCUGGCAUUAAGCUGUGGAUACUCGAAUGAUCCAUCAAGUUUAGCGCACAAUUUCAUGAAUGAGCUAUGCUGGUUGCUGAAUUCAGCCGAUACCAAAGAUACUAAUUUUUUUGUAAGUAAACUUCUUACCGCAAUUCUCACACAUCAUCUUGGCUGGGUGUGCACUGUGGCACCAAUAUCAAAUUAUUCCACGUCGUCGAAGAAUGUUGCCGAGGCCAUUGCCAAGGAAGAAAAGGAUAAAAUGUCUGAAAUAUCGAAAUAUCAUCCAUAUAACGCUCUGUGGGCGCAGAUGGGUGAUCUGUACGGCGCUAUUGGCAGUCCACCGAAAAUAUCAAAGACAAUCGUAUGUGGAAACGAAACAAAGUUCGUGGAAAAAGUGUUAAAUGUGCUCACCUAUUUCAUUCGUUGCGGUGAAAUCCGACGUGACGUACGGACAGAGAUUUUCGAAAAGACGGUAGUAGAUGGCAUUGUGAAUAAAUAUGCGAAUCCAGUUGUGGAUGUGAACAGUAUUGUUGAUUCGGUUACGUUGUGCAAAUCGAGUAUUUUGAAAAAGGCUACCGGUCUAACACGUACGCCCACAUGCAUAAAAGAUUUGACUGCAUUAAGUGAUAAUAGUUUAAGUGAAGCGAAUGCUAAUCAAGCAAUUAAUUCUAGUCUGACAUCGGCGUUCAAGAAAAACGACAUCCCCAAUGUGUUAAUAUUCCGCGAAUCGCGAAUUGUGCGCCAGGAAUUGCGAAUCGGAAAUUUUCUCAUGGACACGGGCAUUGAAAUGAACACAAAACAGAAAUUAGAUAUGCAAAAUUACCAAGCCAGAGGUCAGCUGGGAGAACAUAUCAAAUUAUUGGUUACAAGUCCAGAUAAUGAAGAGAUAAACGUGGGAAGUUUGGAUGAAUACAGCACUGAAAGUGAGGAUACGGUCGAGGAAGCGACCGAGUGUUCGGUCGGUGUUAAUCCAACGCCUCAGGUAUCGAUAAUUGGUCCAACGCUUAGUGAUAUGAUAACAGCAAAUAGUAUUGGUCAAGGUCGUAAUCCGUCUACAUUCCUAUGGGGCAUUGAGCCAGUAAAGGAAGGAUUGAGUGUGGAACAAUGGCAAAACAUCGAAAAAGGCAUCGAAAUGCGCAAUGGCAACUGUUUGUCCGAUGGUAAAUUGGACAUUUUCUCCGUAUACAAUAAAGAACAAGACGUACCUGAAUUGAAACGAUCUAAAAGUUUGUACACCAAAUCGACCAAUGCCAAGAACAGCGAUCGCGUGCGAAAACAAAAAUUGAUAAGGAAGGCAAGCUUUUCGUUUGUUGACUGCCAGAACGACGAACACAAUGAUCCAUCCGAAUUGAAGAGUCAUCCAAGCUUAUCGGAUUUGAUAACAGCGAACAGUGUCGGUGUCAGUGAACGAUUAACCUGGGGUAUUGAACCAUACAAAGAAGCCGUUAGUUUGGAGGAAGAGCAACACUUUGAGAUAGCGAAAAAGCGUAUUGAAAAUACACGUCGUCAAUCCGGUGUGGUAUUCGUUCUGGGCGAUAAUGACACGUUGAUCGGAUUGAAAAACAACGGCAGCAAUGAAAUUAAAAAAUCCGAAACUGAAACGAAAAUCGAACGUAGUCUGAGUAUGAAGAAGACCUGUUCGCAUAAGAAACAUUCCGGGGUAAAAUUCAAUUUCGAACAAUAUCCGCAAAUUGCCACCAAUUACAUGAAAAACAAAAACAUCGACAUAGCCAACUAUGACUUCAUCGACAAAGGACUGAAAUUGGAAGAAGGAUCGAAUUUGAUUUAUGGACCAAGCACCAGCAAUUUCCCCAGCAGCACCAGCGAAGACGACAAUACCGAAUGUGAAUAUUGUGCGGGCAAUACAUCACGCAUCUUACAAACGCCAUCGAAUGCCACCGAAUUGGAAUUUUCGGUGGAUGACAACAACUAUUUACCGUUUAUGGAUACCAAGAAGGUAUCCGAUGCCACGUCGUCAUCAUCGUCACCAUCGCCAUCGAAAGAAACGAAAUCGAAAACGAAAACUGUCGACGAUAAGUUACAGCCAUCGAAACAGAUUCAGUUCAUCGAAUUGCCAAUGCCGCAGUACACCGUCGUUAAGGACGAAAAUGACCACUCAAAGCAAUCGCAACAUCGUCCCGGCUUUAUACCGUCGCUGUUCAUUGGGGUUACGGAUCAUUAUAUAUCAGACAUGGUACUGCAGGGAACAAUUGCACCUCCAGCUAAAUGGGAAGGCAAAUUAAAGAAUCAUCUGGCCUUGGCAUCACGUUGUGCAAUGAUUGAACAAACACCUACCGAAAAUAUCGCAAUUAUAGCCAACAUUGACAAAUGGGAUGUGAAAUUGAUGUCUUCGCAAACAACAGUUUUGCCGAACACCAACGGGUCCUGUAUUGGCAUGUCUCAAUUGGUAUCAUCAAUGCUGGAAACCGUUCAUGCAAUGUGGACGUCCGGUAUCAAUGCUUACCAGUGCAUGUCGUACAUAGAAUCGAAACUGCAAGAACUGUACCUUCAAUCGGAAACUUUGGCUGCCUUCCUGUUAGCAACGAAUUUCUGUAAUUUAGAGACGAUAACGUCAGCUUUAAACUUAACGGAAUACGAUGUGCCUUUGUUAAUGUCUGUAGCCAGUUGUCAUACACCCCAGUUGACUGAGAAAUAUACAUGUAGCUAUGGUCGAUAGGAUCUCUCGGCUUUGUAAGCCCCAUUAUGCUAUUAAAUUUGUCAGAAUUUCCAACGCUUUCAAUUCUUGGGAAAUAUUUUCUGUUACUGCAGUCAUAACUCAGGACCAAUUAUAAACCAAACACUUAGGCUAAUGUACUGUCGGAACCACCAAAUUCUAUCACUGUGCACAUAUUUUUCUAUCAUACAGUUUAUUGGUCAGAGUCAAUAUUAAAGUGAAGUAAAGUCGAUGCUAAGAGUCGCAUUCAUAGUCUUCAAAAUGCCUAUAUUGCCAAGGACCUUCGUGUUAUACAAAUUGUGGUGAAGGUUUAGAUCUGACUAGACGAAAAUUGUAAGAACAAGAAGAAAAUUGACUUAAUUAUAGACAAGGGCUAAGCUAUUAGCUGCAAUCGAAUUAAUUCAAGCAUUCACAUUUUAGAACACAUUUCUUUUGCAUACCACUACUGCCAACUAACUUGGUUGAUGCAUGUGAUUGUGAACACCCAAAAAAGGUUCUAUCGGUUAAGACAUAUUCUAAGAGCUGGUAGAAGGAGGGCCACAAAUGUAAAGAGUUUGUUGUAGACAAGACAAAACUAAUAAAACGAAUACCAGCUUGCGUUUUAACAAUUAAGGAACGAAGUCUUUCUAGGCAACGCUAUAUACGGGGAGGUAGCGUCAAUUCAAUAGAGACACUCAUAUACAAAAUUCACCUCAUCAUAGGAGGUCUACGCGCAUCUAAUAAAAUGGCGAUUGACGCUAUCUCCGCAGCGGUAUACAGCAUUCUAGUAUCGUAUCGUUCUGCGCAUUCAUGUGAAUGCGCGUAUUUUGUAAAAAGGAUUAUCAUUCUUUCGCAGACCCCAGUUUCUUAUGCAUGUUAAAACUGAUGACGUAAAAGAUUGUUUGAAACUGCUAUCAUCAAAGGAAGUAAAAGAUUCGAUAACUAUACUGGUGACAUCUGUGAAAGUUUAAUGUUUUCAAUUGGAUGAUGUCCUUUUACACUAUUAAAACUGGUAAAAUGUAAUAA